AAAAUGUCUGUACAACAAAUUAAAUGUGACAUGCACUAACUACAACUGACUCCAGCGACCCGUCUCGGGUCUCCUAAACGGAAGUGAGCUCACACGAGUCAGAGAGCUACGGCAGCCCUUGCAUUUCAAUCGGGGCGGCUGUAGCACGGAAUGGGAAAUGAGUGGAAGGGUUUGAUUUGAGGUUGGGGCUAGAGAGGGGGUUCUGUCUGCGCUCUGAGGGUCGGGCCCUUUGUAUAGCUGCAAAAUCCUGGGGAAUGCUGUCCAUGGAAAGUAGUCAAGAUGUCCAAGACAGACAGCAAAGAGAAAAAGUCUUUUGGCAAGAAACUCUUCAGGAGGGGUUCUGUGAGGUCGGUGGGCAGUUUUAUGAGCAGGGUUCUCAAAACUCUGUCCACCUUAUCCCAUUUUGGCACUGAGGAACAUGCAACGGACGAUGAAAAAGAUGACGGCGGUUUCAAAAGCUUUAGGUCUACGGGAGGACGAUCCUCUGCCCGGUCUGACCUGAGUGGAGCACCUGAAACGUUCCUGUCAUGCUUUGGGGAUAGAGUUCCUGGGGUAGCAGGAUUGAAGAACCAUGGCAACACCUGCUUCAUGAAUGCCAUCUUGCAAUGCCUUAGCAAUACUGAGUUGCUUGCGGAGUAUUUAGCGUUGGAGCAGUUUAAAGACAGUGAUGAUGAUCAGAUGAAAUCCAAUGGAGUUUUUAUCCCGAAGACCCCUCAGCAAGAAAAGGGGGAGGUCACUGAACAGCUGGCUAACUUGGUCCGGGCAUUAUGGACCUUGGAGUAUACACCACAACAUAGCAGAGAGUUUAAGAAUAGUGUUGCAAAAAAUGCUUUACAGUACCGUGGCAGUUCACAGCAAGAUGCCCAGGAGUUUUUGUUGUGGCUCCUAGACAGAGUGCAUGAAGACUUAAACCUGCAUAGGCCUCUGCUAAGGCCUCCAGUAGAAGAAGACUUAACAUCAGAAGGGCCAGCCUUUCCAAUAUGUACUAGUUUUGUUCAAGAGCUGUUUCAAGCUCAGUAUAGGUCUUCUCUAACAUGUCCUCACUGCAAGAAACAGAGCAACACAUUUGAUCCCUUCCUUUGCAUAUCUCUGCCGAUUCCACUUCCUCACACCAGGCCUUUGUAUGUCACUGUGGUGUAUGAAGGCAAAUGCUCCAGCUGCAUGAGAUUCGGUGUCAGCGUGCCGCUGGCUGGAACAGUAGCCAGGCUUCGAGAAGCUGUCUGUUUGGAAACCAAAAUCCCUACUAGUCAGAUCGUGCUAACAGAAAUGUAUUAUGAUGGUUUCCAUCGUUCUUUCUGUGACAGUGAUGACCUAGACAUGAUACAUGAAAGUGAUUCCAUUUUUGCAUUUGAAACUCCAGAAAUAUUUAGACCUGAAGGAAUUCUCACUCAGAGAGGACGUCAUGCAAACCUGAACCAGAAUAACCUGAAGUAUGGUGCUGAACACUACCUCACCUCAAAUGGACAAGGAGCUGGGAAGUUUGAGUUGUUAUCUAGCAGGACAAUGGCAAGUGACAAGAUUGUGUUGCUAGUCUGCAACAGAGCCUAUAGCGGUCAACAAGGGAGAAGGUUUGGCCACCCUCUUGUGUUGUAUUUGGAAAAAACAGUAACUUGGGAUAUACUGCAGAGAGAAAUUCUGGAAAAGAUGAAAUAUUUUUUAAAGCCUGGAGUAUACAUUCAGGUUGCACCAUUUAGUCUUCGAGUAGUUGGUGUUGUUGGUAUCACUUACCUGUUACCCCAAGUGGAGCAGCCCCUGUGCCAUCCUACUGUAGAAAGAGCAUUAAAGUCUUGUGGUCAAGGUGGACCACCACAUGUGAAGAUAAUUGUUGAAUGGGACAGAGAAACAAAAGAGUACUUGUUUGGAAGUAUUGAGGAAGAGUAUAUUCCAGACUCUGAGAGUGUACGGCAGCUGAAAGAGCUUCACAGUCAGCCUCAGAGUUGCACACUGGCACAGUGUUUCCAUCUCUACACCAAAGAGGAACAGCUUGCUCCAGGUGAUGCAUGGCGGUGCCCCCACUGUAAACAGCUGCAGCAAGGGAGCAUUAAACUCAGUUUAUGGACAUUACCUGAUGUUCUGAUCCUUCACCUGAAAAGAUUCCGACAGGUAAAUGAUCGUAGAAUAAAACUGCAGAAUUUAGUAAAAUUCCCCUUAACGGGUCUGGACAUGACUCCUCAUGUUGUCAAGCGUAGUCAAAGCAGCUGGAGUCUGCCUUCUCAUUGGUCACCAUGGAGGCGUCCCUAUGGAAUGGGUAGGGACCCCGAGGAUUAUCUGUAUGAUCUGUAUGCCGUGUGUAAUCACCAUGGCACAAUGCAAGGAGGACAUUAUACUGCUUUCUGUAAGAAUUCUGUAAAUGGUCAGUGGUACUGUUUUGACGACAGUGAUGUACAACCAGUGAGUGACGAAGAGGUCUGCAGAGAAAUGGCCUAUAUCCUGUUUUACCAGAGAAGAAGUGCUAUUCCAUCCUGGUCAGCUAACAGUUCAGCAGCAGGCUCUACAAGUUCAUCGCUUUGUGAACACUGGAUAAACCGACUUCCUGGCAGUAAACCUCCUAGCAUAGCUUCAGCUGCUUCCUCCCGACGGACUUCUCUUGCUUCUCUCUCAGAGUCAGUGGAGUGUUUUGGAGAGCGGAGUGAAGAUGAUGGUGGUUUUUCAACUCGCCCAUUUGUAAGAAGCGUUCAGCGCCAGAGUUUAUCAGGCAGAUCCUCGACUGCCAGUCCCUUGACAGUAAGUGAGAAUGGAGUUAAACUGUCAUGGUCAUUAACUGCAAAACUGCAAAGGCAUUCAAGUUCACCAUCAAAUGUUUCUUUGGAAUCCCCAGUUCAUGCUUCUGUUUCAGCUUUAGGAAAAAUUGGUGAGCUUUGUGAUGAUAAAACUUCUACAUCAUGCUUUCGUAGUUUAAAGACCCAAGUUUCUGGUUAUAUUGAACAUGCUGACAUCUCUAAACAUGAGUCCAGAUCUGCAGGCAGAGCUCCUCUAGCUGUGAUGGAGGGAGCAUUUAGAGAUGAAAACAGUCCUAAUAGAUUAAGUUUAUCUCUUGAUGAGAAAUUCACUAAAGGUACAGCACAAUCAGACAGAAACGAUUCUUUAGAUAACAACAACCAAGCAAGCUCAGUUGAUCAGAUUGAUUUUAUUGACAUGUCUGCAACAAAAGAUGCACCAGUGCAGAAAGUUGAUAACACAGAAAAUAAAAUUUCUUGUUCUAAGUUAAGUUGUGAAGAAGAAAAGACUUCAUCUAGAAAAGUCCAUAAUAUUUUGCCUGUUCAGCAGUCAUCUGCUUCAGAAACAUCUUCCACUCCACAGCGAAAGAGCUCUCAGAAGAUUUUCAAUUCCAAAGAGAAAACUGAGUUAUCAAAAGUUAAUAGUCAGCGUCCUUCUCCUGCAAAUGCACAGUUGAAGAAAGAGGCUUUCAGAAACCAUAUUGGUGUUUCAUCAAUUGCUAGUCAAAACAAACAGAAGGUAGCAUCUACAUCACAGCCAUCUUCAUCUUCAGUAACAAGAAAUGGUUGUAGUACUGCUCUACAGAGUUCUGUCUCUUCAGCUGGAAAGAGCAAAAUAUCAGAUAGGAGUUUGAGCAAACAGACAUCUAAACUAAAUUCUCCUGAAAGUCAGGAGAUCGCAAAAAACCUGACUCCUACUAGGACAUGUAGGGUAAAACCAGGUGAUAGUAAGAGAGUGGAAAACAGACAAGUAAGAAGUUCAAGCAGUAGUUCAUCAAUGACUAGUCUGAGGUCCCCAAGUAUAACUGCUAAACCAGAAAUGAAGCGGGACAGCAAGGCAGAGGACAAAGGGCUGUCAUUUUUCAAGUCAGCACUUCGUCAGAAGGAGACUCGAAGAUCAGCUGAUCUUGGAAAAUCCAACAUCCUUUCCAAAAAAUCUUCAGAACCAUCUGCAAAAUCAAUUACAAAGAAUGUGAUAGAGGAUGGGUCAAAGAAAGCUACUCCAAAAUCCUGCCCUGAACAGUCAAGCACAAGCAAGAUAAAAGAAAAGCAGCCUGUGAAGAAUGGUACACCUGUUAAACAGCCCUUGCUACCUACAAAUAAAUCAAAAUCUUCACAUACGGAAAUGGAGAUAAAGUCCCCUGUAAAUGGAAAAACUCCACUUGAGAAGUCUGCAGCAUCAAAAAAGCUUUCUUCUAGCAUGCACACAACUGCUCGUACUACUCAGAAGUUCAAGUGAAAUGUUGCAAACUAUUUUUUCAGCAGUGGACAUGAUUUUUUUUCUUUGUUAUUAAUGUGCCUAUUAUUUCUUUUUGUGAAGAUAUAUUGUUAAACUGCUAAAAGCGCCUUUUUAUUCUGUCAUCAAACCAAAUACUUGUGUAGGCAAAACUGUGGUAAGAGGUAGCUGCAAAAUGCAGCAAAAUCCACGAGUUGAAGAGAGAAAGAUUCUCCAUAGCACUUUGUAGGUAAUCUUUUACAUUAAACCAUCAUACUUUUAAUGAACUGCUUAAAAAUGCUGUUAUAUUAGCACGCUUUAAUACAAAGCAAAGCUAUAUGUCUGAUUGGCACAAAAUCAGUUUGCAAUAACUUAUGAAUAAUGAGUCUCUGUACAAAUUCAAGUAUUCCAGUUAUGUGCUGGAAGCAUACCUUUGCUUUUUGUUUUUUUUUCUCUAAGGGCAACAUCUUAACAGUGGUGCUUUUCUUUGCAAGAGGGGGCAAUGCAGGUACAUGGCAGACUGUUCAGCUUGGGAUUUUUUUUCUUUUUAUUAGGGUAGAUGAUGCGUACAUAUGUGGUGCUCUAAAUUCAUGGCUUCCCAUCUUCUUUAUAGCAUCAUUGUUCUUUUUUUCAGCUGGUUUGUGUGUUGUUCAGCAGACUUAGGCUACUUGUAGUAUUGAAUUCUUCAUUUUUAGCUUUGUUGUGGUUGUUAAGCAUUAGAACAGUACAUUUUAGCUUUCUUCAUCUGUGUUUCAAUUAAUAGUGAAUGCUGAAAAAGAAUGAGAACACUGUAUAAUGGUCCCUUCUUCAUGUUAGUAGGAAUGUACGGCAGAGCUAAACCAGAAGACAACAGCGGAACCUGGUUUUGGUGCAGUUUGAAAAUGUUUUUGUCUUAUUGACAUGAUAGUUUCUCAUAGGUGCUGCAGUUGUAUGCAUGGUGGAUUCUUCAGUUGUCAGUGAUUUAUGUCAGGAAUUGCAAAUAAGAGAAAGGCGUAAUAUCUGCUUCCAAAGCUCAUAAUGUAUUAUUUAUGGAAAGAGAAUUUAAAGUUAUUGUCAUCCCUGUUGCUAGUGCUGUUUCCCCUGGGUGUCUGUAAUUAGUUAGAGCUUCACAGCUGGUAGGAAACAUGAUGAUCAGUCAUUGGAAAAGUUAUUAAAACAUGUUCACCAUGCCAGUAUGUUGAAACCCUUUUCCAGGAAAUCCAGCCUAGCACAAGGUAUUAUAUUUUCAGUUAGGAGGAUAAUUGGGGUAUCAUCAGGGGAUGGACUUGUGGUAACUGGCUACCCUCUCUCUGGAAGUUUAUGCUACAGAUUUGGUAAAUCUUGUUUUGCUGAACGGCUUUCAGGUGUCUGUAGCAGAACUGAUUAUACUAUUGACUUCAAGGGUCAUUUCACUUCUGUAGCUGGUAUACAUGUGGAAGGGCUGUCUUCUGAAGUAUGAGGCCAUAGAAAUAAGUAAAUAAAAGCCUUUGGCUGAUUAACCCAGUUUAGAUUUUAAGCUAGUUUAGUUGUGCGUGAGUAGAUUACAGGCUCACAAACAGGAUAUGCACAGAAUUACUAUGGGUACAAUAUUUGUAGCAUAAUGCUGGAUAUUAAUAUGCACUAAACCACCACCUUCAAAUCCUGUAUGACUUCUAAUAUAGAGUCUCUGUGGCUAACAUCCUUCUACUGUAAAACCUGCACUGUUAUGGAAGAACUGGAAAGUGUAACACUGCCCACACACAAGUCCAGAUAAAAAUAAUCAGCCUGCUUCUACAUUUGUGUAACAUAUGUUAAGGACUGCUUCGGACUCUGUUGCUGUACUGACAAAGCACUAAGUAUGGUUGUACACAAAUGUUUUAGGUAAUUAUGAAAAGGGCAUGAGUGAUGAGGUCAGGUAGAUGACAGCUGAAUUGUUACUGGCAUUGUCAACUAAACUGCUACAGACCAGGUGUAUAUCACAAAUAGGAUAUGAAGGCUUAAAAUGUAGAAAUCGAGUGAUUUGCAGGUAGGGUUUUUAAAGCCGUACUCCCUCAGUAUGUGUGAACUGUAUUUGCAAUUCAUGCCCAUUUUGUUCUAUUUAAAGUCAUGCUGACAGCCAGUUGAAUACUUUACUGCAGCAACUUAGUUGCCAGCUUUUUCACAUCAUCAUCAUCAUAACCUCCCAAAUUAUCUAUUCAAGAAUUAGGCAAUUAUUUUAUGUAAUGUGUUGAAUAAGCCCUAUAUAAUGUACAUCCUAUUAGAUGGGCAGCUACAUGACCAGAUAGUGUAAUGUAAUUUUUAUGCUCAUGUUGCCACACACCAACAUUCUUAUAUCUUCAGUAACAUGGCACAUAACUGUAUUUCCAGUGAAAAGCAUUAUUUCCACAUCCUGAAUUCAUGUCCUUUCUUACUGUCAGCUUUCCUGUAGACUGUGUAAAUGCUCCUGGGGACAACUAAUGACAAUGUCAUACAGCAUCCUCUCAUGAGGGGUGGUACUAGGUCUUUUUGCUGUAUGAUCAUCUUUCAGAAGCUCCCUGCAUCCAUUGUUUUACCAUUGUAGACCUGCAUUGUCUUAGGUUGACACUGUACCAAAUACCUCUGGGACUGUCACAGCUUACAAUUACAGAAGUUUGCUGCAUUACUGGACAUAGGUUUUAGUUGUGAAAUACAGCAGACACACUAGUUACCACUGUAUUACCACAAGACAGUAGUAGUUUGUGAUGUUUUAUUCUGGUGGACACUAACCAGUUAUUGCCACAUAAGAUAUUGCCCUUUACUUUGGAAAUAUGACUAUUAGACAUAGUUGCAUUUCAAUGUCUACUGCCUGUCUGUGUAAAUGAAGUAUAAAGUAAGCAAUUGCAAUACUGAGACAUAACAUAAAUGUACAGUAAUGUUGCUGGCAUAAUCAGAUUUUAGUAACCUGAGUUCAAACUUGGCUUAAAUGUUUUUUAAGAAGUGGUAUCAAGAAACUUUCAUAAAAUACAUACUGGUUGAUAAACACCAGUUUUUUAGCUGUGAAUAUGCUUAUUCUUAACUGUUAAGACAUUUAAAUUAGAAAACUGUAAGAAAUGUUGGUCUUAUAAAUUUUAACAGUGUUUUAUAUUGAAAAAUACAUAACAUCAGUUAAAAUUGUAGAAAAUGCACUAAAUACACUUAAUCUGAUCUUGCCAUUGUUUUGCUUUUCCCAUUCCCUGUCAUUAGCAUGUACCAAUGCCUUUUGGGAAUGAACGUAAUAUUGCAUGGCUGCAUAAUUAAUGCUAUCCGAUGCAUGCACUUAAUAACUAUGCAAGCACCUACUGCAGCUUACACUGGCUGCAUUAAGUAAUAAUGCUGAGAUGUAGGCCAUAAAGUAUAUUUUUGCUAUAUAGAGAUUUUUGUUUUCAAGUGUAAGUAUCAGAAAAAAGAACAUGGAUUUAAUCUGUUACUGCCUUGUUUACACAAUUUUUCUUUUGCUGACACUUAAACCAAGUCUUAAGUGUAGAUGAUUGGAUGAGAAGUUGCUAAUUGAAGAGUCAGUCAUUCUUUCAUUAAGGAGCUAAUGUUAUAGUUUUUCAUUAUCAGAUGUUUCGAAGGGGAAUGUGCUUUUUUGUUUUAGGUUCAGUGGGGUUGCUACCAUUUAAUGCAGUCUGUGUUAAAAGUUAUUUUACUCAACAUUGUUAAUUCCCGGAAACUUAUUGAUGCAUUUGUACCUUUUGUAGUAUGUUAUUACACAGCAUCUUAUAGUCCUUGCCUUAUGUAAUGACCUACAACUAAUUGUAUGUAAAAUGGUUAAAAAAUUUUAAUUGUGUAGUAUUUGGCCUGGUCAGAAAAAUCUGGCAGGCAUUUAGGAAUAACUAAAAAUGUAAUCUGUCUUACUCAUGGGCAUGUACAUGAAUUGUCAGAUUUGACCCAGAGAUGGUUUUUGUGCCAGAUUCACAGUUAGUUUCUUGUUAUUCAUGAUACCUCAGCUUUAGAUUGCUGUCUAUGAUUUCCAGGAAGAUACAAUAUGCUUCUCCUUUAUUAUACCAAGAUAAAAACAGCAAUGGCACAUGGCAAAGCAGGACUUUAUAAUUCUGCUGGUUACUUAUCAGGUAACCCAUAGCUACCUUUGCACCAUGAUUCUAUUAGCAGAGGGGAGGUAUUUCAAUUCAGAACUGGCACAGUGGCAAAGUAAGCCACAUGCAAAAUGUAAAAACACAUCCAAGCAUUAGUGCAUUGACUCUGAGACUGUCUCAGCAAAAUAGAUUCAAGCAUAGAUCUGGAUUGCUGACUUUCAGUCAAGCAGAAGUUCAGAAUCUUAGUGUCUGGGAAGGAUGCUGUUUUUUUGUGGAUUUAAUGUGGUUGUUUUCAGCUUUGGACUGAUGCCUUGUAGAUCUUUGGAGAAUGGCUCAGAACUGGCAUCAUCAGUGGAUGUCACUCCUUCUUGUUUCAAGCCCCUCUGAUUUAUAGGCUUUUGUUUCUAGUUGCCAUCCAUUUUGGCUUUGGUGAACAGUAUUGGAUCUGGGGAUAAUUCAGUUCAGACGCAGGGAGUAUGCUUUCGUGAAAACUCUGAAGACACGAAACAGUGGAUUCUAAAUGAGAUAUCUCAGGGUCUAAAAUACUGGUAACACAAGCAGUAAUGCUAGACUGUAAAAUACUAAUUGGAAACUGAACGGCUUGAUGUAAAGGUCUAGCAUUCUGGGUAAUGAUGUUCUAGCCUAGCUGAGCAAAAAUUGAACACUGAGGCAGUGUAAGUUAGAAACUAACAAGCUUUUGAUAGAAUUGUCAUUUACCCUGAAAAUCAUGCCAGUAACUUUGUAGAAGUUUUGGACUAAUAAAAUGUGAACACUUCUGAGACUGAAAUUUCCCCAUCUCCUGCACAUGCCCAUUUUAUACCCUGCGGUUAGAGUGACUUCAAAGUGAAAGUAAAUCAUGGGAUGAUUAUUUCUGCACAUCUGGAUGGAAUUUUUGUGAGUGAGUUUUGUUUUCAUGGUAUCGUUCCUCAAAAUUCUAAAAAGUAUCAAGUACACACUUUUUGUACUUGAUGAAUUUGUAUUCUGUCAAAAGCCUUCUAGCGUUUGCCUUUUGAUAUGUUGCUGUUUGGUAUUUAUAUAUUACAGAAUCUGCUUCUCAUUCAUUCCACAUUCUGAUUUCAUCUGACAUAGAUGUCUUUCUGACUGUGCACAUUCCUUCUUACGUAAGAGUUGAUGAUUUCCUGUAGCUUACUUUGUACAGUAUCAAAAAAAAUGAAUUCUAGUGCUUAGGGUAUUGUGUUUUGAAUGCAAAUAUUCCUAAGUAAAAAUGAAAACACUACUGCCCAUUUCCAUAAGAAAACAGAACUCAAACUGGCAUUUAUCUGGCAUUUUAAUUUACCAAAAUGAACUGUUUAAAUUGGGUUUAAAUUAGUGUGUUUCUACUCAGGUAAAGAAAACACACAUCAUAACAGGGCCUAGCAUUAGCAAUGUUUCUUGUUAAUCAAAAGAAAAUGUUAUCCUUUAAGAUCAUUUCAUUUUUCCUUAUAGGAUCACUUUGGAAGAAACCAUUUUGUGGGUAGGGCUAAAAAAUCAGGUUUUGCUCUUCUUAACCUAGACUUGUUUUUAUUGGUUUAACUGCUAAAUGUGUAAAUGUUUUCUGCUUCAUAUUUAUUUAUGUAUUUAUUUAUUGAUUGAUUUUUAUGAGUUUUUGACUAAAGCAAAAUCAGUGAUUAAGAACUGACAUAUGAACUUUUGAAUUUUCAGUGCAACAGAUUAGCAUGCCUGUAACUCUUAAGGGAUUCCAAAGUUUAUUUCUUUUUUAAGCUGCUAAAAUUGUUUUAAUCUUUGGUGAGAAGAAAGGCCCACAUGCUCUUCCUUGAAAUAUAUUGAAAUAUGUUUUAUA